AUGGAUAAAAAUGGCAUUUUUUCCAGCCCAUUAGGGCUUGAAAUCUCAUUAAACCACCACCAGCAAAACCCUAAUUUCCACCACCGUCAACCACCGUUCGCCGGCGCCGGAACCACCACCGGCGCCGCCGUGAAACAGCCGUACCCAUAUGUUCAUAAACAAAGAGCUUCACCAAUUAGUGAUGAAGAAGUUCCGGCCACCACCCCCACCGACGACAGCGGCGGCGCCGGCGACGGAAAGUUGAGACAAGGGUCGCCGUGGCAGAGGAUGAAAUGGACGGAUAAUAUGGUGAGGUUGUUGAUAAUGGUGGUUUUUUAUGUCGGAGAUGAAGUGUGGUCCGAUCAAGUUUCCGAUACGGCGGCGAAGAAAAAAGGCGGCGGCGGCGGUGGUGGCGGUGGUGGUGGGGUGAUGCAGAAAAAGGGGAAGUGGAAAUCAGUUUCUAAAGCAAUGAUGGAAAAAGGGUUUUAUGUAUCUCCACAACAAUGUGAAGAUAAAUUUAAUGAUUUAAAUAAAAGAUAUAAAAGGGUUAAUGAUAUAUUGGGAAAAGGGAUUGCUUGUAAAGUUGUUGAGAAUAAUAGUUUGUUGGAAACAAUGGAUCAUAUACCUUUGAAGUUGAAGGAAGAGGUGAAGAAAUUGCUUAAUUCUAAGCAUCUUUUCUUUAGGGAAAUGUGUGCUUACCAUAAUACUUGUGGUGGGGGUGUCGGUGGCGGCGGUGGUGGCGGAGGAAGCGGUGUGGGGGUGGGGGUAGCGCGUCCUUCGCCACCAUUGGAUGCCAUGGCUAGUGAACACCCUGGGCGCCACAGGCAAAAAUGUGUGCAUUCGAACGAUGAGGAGGACGAAGAAAACGAUGAUGAAGAUGGGGAUGAUGAGGAGGAAGAUGAUGGUUUAAGCAAGCGGAAGAGAAGUCGAAUGGAGGAGAAUGGUGGGCACGAGAGUGUGAUUCGACAAUUUAAUGGCGAAUUGAGCUCGGUGAUUCAAGAUUUGACAAAAAGUGUGUGGGAGAAGAGGCAAUGGAUGAAGGUGAAGAGGAUGCAAUUGGAAGAACAAAGAGUAGGGUUUGAAGGUGAGACAUAUGAAUUGGAGAAACGGAGAUUGAGAUGGGUUAAGUUUUGUUGGAGUAGAGAAAGGGAAAUGGAGUUGGAGAAGGUGAGGAAUGAGAGAAUGAAGCUUGAGAAUGAAAGAAUGGUGAUCUUGUUAAGGCAAAAAGAAAGAGAGUUGGUUGAUGGUUUACAAUAA